AUGAGACAAUGGAUCACAGCCUUUGUAUGCGUCUCUUCCUUGGGAGCUUCUGCUUACUACGCAACUCGCAAUGCCGAAGACCCUGCAACAUCGUCGACCUUACCGCUCUCGAAUGUUGCUGAGAUCCAGCACGACCAUAGUCCAAGGAACUUGCGCGAUGCCCUGGGCGAAUUCACAAACAUCAUUGGCAAGGAGCACGUCAGCACCUCCGACAAGGACAUUGAAAAUCACGCCACAUCUAGUUGGUCCUCGCAUCCUGCGAAAUCCACCGAGCGAUCUUUUUGUGUACUAUGGCCUGGAAGUACAGAUGAAGUGUCGCAAAUCAUGAAAGUGUGCCAUAAACGUCAUAUACCCGUUAUUGGAUAUAGUGGCGGAACCAGCCUUGAGGGCCACUUUACACCUACACGUCACGGAGUUUCUAUCGACUUUGGUCGUAUGAAUAAAAUUUUAUCCUUUCACAAAGAGGAUCUUGACGUUGUUGUGCAGCCUGCUAUAGCGUGGGAGGCACUAAACGAUCAUCUUGAUCAAGAAGGUCUCUUUUUUCCACCAGACCCGGGACCAGGCGCCAUGAUUGGCGGUAUGGUUGGUACUGGAUGUAGUGGCACGAAUGCCUACCGAUAUGGCACUAUACGAGAGUGGGUUUUAAGCCUUACUGUUGUUUUAGCUGACGGUACCGUCAUUAAGACCAGACAGCGGCCCAGAAAGAGUUCAGCUGGAUACGAUCUCACAAAACUCUUUAUUGGUUCAGAAGGUACGCUUGGCCUUGUGACGGAGGCUACUCUGAAAAUUACCACGAAACCAGAAUCGACCAGCGUCGCUGUGGCUGCCUUUCCCUCUAUUCGAAAUGCUGCCGACUGUGUGACAAAGGUGGUAGGGAAAGGCGUCCCGGUGGCUGCUGUCGAGUUGCUCGAUGAUAACCAGAUCAAAUGCAUUAACGAGGCCGGUCUGACCUCUCGAGCAUGGCCGGAAGCUACCACGAUUUUCUUCAAGUUUGCGGGAACCAAGGCGGGGGUCAAAGAGCAGAUUGCGCAGGUCCAAGCCUUGGCCCAGGGUGCAUACAGCACCUCCUUUGAAUUUGCUAAGAACCAAGAGGAGCAGGAUGAGUUAUGGAGUGCUCGUAAGGAGGCUCUUUGGAGUGUGUUAGCCGUCAAGAAACCAGACGAUCGCGUGUGGACUGGCGAUGUUGCUGUACCUAUGAGUAGACUGCCUGACUUGAUUGAAGCUACCAAGGAAGACUUGACCAAGAGUGGAUUAUUUGCUUCUAUUGUUGGUCAUGUUGGAGAUGGCAAUUUUCAUGCAAUGAUACUGUACAAUGAUCAACAACGAACACAGGCUGAAGCUGUGGUACAUCGAAUGGUCAAGCGGGCAAUCGAUAUGGAGGGCACUGUAAGCGGCGAGCAUGGGGUUGGUCUGGUGAAAAGAGAUUACCUCUCUCAUGAACUUGGUCAAACUACGGUGGACGCAAUGCGACAAAUCAAAAGGGCCUUUGACCCACUAUGCUUGUUGAAUUGCGACAAGGUGGUUCGCAUGCAAGACAUUGGAGAAGGGAGCACCCAGAAAUGGUGA